CCCCUUGCAGUGAAGUUUGUAGCCAGAAUGUCCGGCCGCGGCAAGCAGGGCGGCAAGGCGCGCGCCAAGGCCAAGACGCGGUCCUCGCGGGCCGGGCUGCAGUUCCCCGUGGGCCGCGUGCACCGGCUGCUCCGCAAGGGCAACUACGCCGAGCGCGUCGGGGCGGGCGCGCCCGUGUACCUGGCGGCGGUGCUGGAGUACCUGACGGCCGAGAUCCUGGAGCUGGCGGGCAACGCGGCGCGCGACAACAAGAAGACGCGCAUCAUCCCGCGCCACCUGCAGCUGGCCAUCCGCAACGACGAGGAGCUCAACAAGCUGCUGGGCAAGGUGACCAUCGCGCAGGGCGGCGUGCUGCCCAACAUCCAGGCCGUGCUGCUGCCCAAGAAGACCGAGAGCCACCACAAGGCCAAGUAAGGAGAAAGCCCGUUAGGAGCCUGGACGACAAAGGCUCUUUUCAGAGCCACUGACACUUUCAGAAAAAGCUGGGACGGUAACUUGUCCUAUUCUCUCGGCAGGAGUUUCCACUUAGCAUUUAACUCCAGGGAAAGUUAGAGUUUGAUUUGUUUACUUAAAAUAUGCGGGCGUUCCUGAAGCCACGUUGGUAAAUUCCUGGCCCUGUUUCUUCGGGACAGCUGUGUUCAUGCCCUGAAUUCCAGCAGGUGAGGAUACAGCAAGGAAUGCAACCUUGGGAAUUGCCCGCCUAGGAACCCAGGGGGGAAAACAAAUAGGCAUAAUGCAGCUGUUUAGACAGAGAAUGAGUGGAGGUAAACGCUGUAGGUAAAGGCCCCGCAUGACCAGAGUCCUACCUAACGGAGAAGAGGAGUGAGCCCAGCAGAUGUUCGGGGAAGAGGACGCCAAAGAGGUGAAAACGCAAAGGCCUUGACAGGAAGUGUGUUUGGCCCGUGGGAACAGUCCAUGAGGCUAUGAGGUCAAAGGUGGGCAUGGGGGUGAAAUGGGACCAUAAAUAUAGGACUUUGUGGGGUGUGUACAUUAUGCACAAGUAUUUAGCUCGGUCGGUGUGGCUCCGUGGUAGAGCACUGACCUAUGAACCAGGAGGUCACAGUUCUAUUCCUGGUCAG